AUGUAUUGUCAUCAAUUGAUUUUUACAUUGAUCAUUGUGGUCGCGACUAGUGAAUAUAACAUAUUCAUUACUGCUGCUGAUCCAAGUGCACCAGUUUGGCCAGUUGCCUUUCAAGAAACCUUCGUUGAAACAAGUACUUUACCAAUAAUUGGAACAGGUACAAAUAUCAAAGGAACUUAUUAUUAUGAUUUCGAUCAAAAAGCUGUUCGUAUCGAUCGUUCAACAGGCAAAUAUGAUCGUUAUUGUAGUUCAAUACAUGCUUUUGCAGACACACCAUGUACUCAUCUUGUUGUAAAAGGUCUUCGUUAUCUUGUAUUUCCAUCAUUAAAAUCAUGUUGUGCAUGUUGUACAUCCGAAAGUGGUUGUGGUAUUGUAAAACCUGAUUGGUUAUCUGAUUCAACAUUUAUUGGAUAUAAUACAACAGAUUCAAUUAAAUAUCAAGUAUGGGAUAAAAAAGGUUUACAAGAUAAUUUCUAUUGGCAAGUUGACAGUACUCAAGCACCAUAUGUAAUUGAUCAACGUCCUAAUGAUUUAAUGGUAUUUGAUAUAACUAGUUUUAAGAAAGGUGCUAUUGAUCCAAGUAUAUUUGCCUUACCUUCAUAUUGUUCAAAAGAUCAUAAAUGUCCUCUUCUAUCUGUUUGCACUGUAGCUUGA